CUGGCGCCUGUUUUAGUCCCUUCUGCCAGUUUCUGUCAUUUAAAAUACUCGGACUGUUCACAGUGAGUAUAAUUAUCAGUGCUGGUUUAUGGCUGCCAUUUUAUUUUUUCUGUCUAGUCUUAAUUUUAUUUUUACUUUCUCUUGUCUUCCUGUGAGUUAUUUGAACAGUUUUUAGAAUCCCAUUUUGAUUCACCUGUACCCUUAACAUGCGUGUGUUUUGUGACCUUCUUAGUGGUUGCUCUGCUUAUUGAAGCAUACACACAGAGUGUACCGCCGCCUAUGGCUGGCCUCGCCGCUUUACCAUUUGGGGCGAAGCAGAAGCUUCACUUCGCUCUGCACCCCUUCAGCUUUCCUGCUGCUCCUUAGCCAUUUUUCAGGUAGAGCCACAUCGACAGUGUCAUGACUUCGGCUCUGCCUCGGACGUGAUUUAGGGAACGGGAGGGGAGCUGCCGUCUCCAUCUUCUGCGCCGUCCCCCCUCCAGUGCUCCUCGUCCGUUGCUGCGUGCUGCAGCCUUUCCCCAGUGGCACUUCCGUGACAGCUUUUCUUGCUUUUCUUCGUCUGGGAAUGUCCUGAUUGCUGCUUUAUUCCCAAAGGGUGUUUUGUGGUUGGGGUUUCUAAUUGACAGCUCUAGUCUUUCAGCACCCGGAAAAUGUGCUGCCUCCUUCUUGCUCCUGGGUUCCCAGGACGAGGCUGCUGACCCGGUACCUGUCCCCUAUGGGUGGAGUGUUUUCCCUGCAGUUGCUCUCAGGGUUGUGUUUGCCUUUUAUUUUCAGAAGUUUAAUUGUGAGGUCUCAGUCUAGCUGUUUGCAGUUACCCCAUCUCGGGCCCCCGCGGGCUCUCGGUAGGCGGUUAUGACUGUGCUACAGUCCCUCCUCACCCUCCAUCUUGUCUGGGUUUUGAGCAUGCAAACACAGCUGGAGUGUUUUUCGAGCUGCUGGGUCUGGGACUCACUCAGACCGUGUGGAGCCCUAUAGGCCCCAAGGGACUCCACUCCAGGGCUGCCUGGCUGCUGCGACCACCUUUGCUCCCAUUUCUGUGCUGAGCCCAUCUGCUCAGCUCUCUGUUUCGUGGUUAUAUUUCCAGGUCUAACAUUUCCGAUUGGUUCUUUUUUAUGUCUUCGAUUUCUUUGCUGAGACUUUUCCUUUGAAGUCCGAUGAUGCACUUUUUAGUGACACCUGGACGCUUGUGUGGCCUUUGGAAACCUGAGGCCUCCUCGAAAGACGUCGUCAGACAGCUGUGCCAGGAGAGCUUCUGCAGCAUGGCCCCCAGCUCAGAAAGACUCCUGGCGGUUACGUGCUCCGGCCUGUCAGUGACCCGGGAGGAGGCCGCGCAGGUGCUCCAGGCGCUGCACCACCUCACCAGACUGGUGGUGUUCCGGGGUCUGUCCUCUGCCGAGGCGGUUCUGGCUCUCUUUCCGGAAAAUUUCCACCAAAACCUCAAGAACCUGCUGACAAAAAUCAUCCUAGAACACAUAUCUACAUGGAGAACUGAUGCCCAAGCCAGCCAGAUCUCUCUGCCACGCCUGGUUGACCUGGACUGGAGAGUGGACAUCAAAGCCUCCUCGGACAGUGUCGGCCGCAUGGCCGUCCCCACCUGCCUGCUCCAGGUGAAGGUAAAGAUGACCAUCUACCACGAGAGACAAGAGACAUCUCACCCGAGCGGCUUAGGGCUGUGUGUUUGCAUUCCAGAGAGCCAUCAGGAUCCAAGAAGACCCCAGGCUAUGCGGGGACAAACCCUCCGUCUCGGCUGUCACCAUGGAGCUGAGCAAAGAAACGCUGGACACCAUGCUAGACGGCUUGGGCCGCAUCCGAGACCAGCUUUCUGCCGUGGCCAGUAAAUGACCCCACCAGCCCUGGGCCCACCGCCACGCCACGCCACAGGUCCACGGUGGCGCAUCCCCAGCCCAUAGGCUGUGCUCACAGCAGCAGCUGCAGCCACGGCUGGCGGGAUGGUUUUGGGUUAUUGACAUCCAGGAGGUGCCUGGCAGGGAGGAAGUGGCCAGGCCCUCACUGUUCUUGCUCAUCCUUGUCCUUGUUGGCCAGAGGGCAGGUGCCUCCACCUUCCGAGGCUCCUCUGCGACCUGUUUCCCACACAGCCUUGAGGGGGGACAUUGGCCUCACAGACUGCCUCUGCGUGGCUGUUUGGGGGACUCGGGCCACCUUGUGGGGCUCACCUACCACGUUUACCCCACAUUAGUUAUGCUUCCUCCUGUACUAGCCCAGGGCGUAAUGCAGCCCUCCCGGCAGACAGGUGAGACUGGAAAUAAACAGCGGUCCAGAAAUAUGCUGGUCCUGGCUCUCAUGCCACCUCGUUCUUGAA